UUCAUUUAAUUUGUGAUUACAAAUUUUAACAUUUGACUUGACGUUUAGACUUUAGGCUUAGUUUUAACUUUUAUUUAACAUUUGUAAACGUUAAAUUUGUAAAUUUAUUUAAUUUAAUUUUCAUAUUAUGCGGUUGAGAUAUCUUACAAAAUGCUGUUUUCUCUAUCAAAAUCAUAUCGAUGCGUCCAAAUGUAUGGCGUGCCAAUUUGUCCGUCAAAUUUCUCAGUCAUCAGUGAAACCAAACUCAUCACCUUCAGCCAUUCUUAUUGAUAAAAGUAUACCUAUAUUGCCUGUCAUUGGGCCAGACUCAUUGCGAUCAACAGAUCCUGCCCUCGAUGCCAAGAGUGUUGACAAACUAAAAUGGUUGGAAACGAAAAUAAAUAUCAAAGACUUACACCUUCAUUAUUUAAAAUUAUCUAAAAGUCGAUUGACGUCGUUAGUGGUAAUGACAACUCUAGCUGGCUAUACGAUGGCGCCCGCUCCAUUCGAUCUAGCUACAAUGGUACUUUGCUGUACUGGCACUGGUCUAGUGUCUGCAGCAGCUAAUUCUAUUAAUCAAUACCACGAAGUUCCAUUUGAUUCUCAAAUGUCUAGAACAAAAAACAGAGUAUUAGUCAAAGGCAUAUUAUCACCAUUACAUGCUCUUAUGUUUGCAACCGUAAGUGGAUCAUUGGGCUUAGUCACAUUGUAUUAUGGAGUAAAUCCUGUAUCAGCUGCUUUAGGUGCAGCAAAUUUAUUUCUGUACACAUCGAUUUAUACGCCCAUGAAACGUAUUAGUAUUGCUAAUACUUGGAUCGGUUCAAUAGUUGGUGCGAUUCCACCAUUAAUGGGUUGGGCUGGCUGUACCGGCGGCAUAAUUGAUUCUGGCGGCUUAUUAUUGGCUGGCUUGUUGUAUGCGUGGCAAUUUCCUCAUUUCAAUGCUUUGUCUUGGAAUUUACGACCAGAUUAUUCAAGAGCCGGUUACAGAAUGAUGGCGGUUACAAAUCCAGGUCUGUGUAGAAGAACAGCAUUGCGAUACACCAUCAGUAUAUUCGGCUUAUGUAGUGUAGCUCCAUUAUGCGAUCUCACUAAUGUAUAUUUUUCAAUAGCUGUUGCACCAUUAAAUGCCUAUUUUAUAUACCUAGCUUGGAAGUUUCAUCAAGAGUCUGAUAGUAAAACUUCUCGGAAGCUUUUCAGGUUUUCUUUAAUUCAUUUACCCGCCUUAAUGAUUUUGUUACUAGUCAAUAAACAUGGCAUGUGGUCAGAAAACAGAAACGAAACAGAAAACAGCGAGUUUAAUUCAACAAAAAAAGACCAGAAGAAAAUAAAUGUUAUUUUUAAAACUCCUGAACCAUUAUGAUAUUUGUUCGUACUGUAGUAUCAUUGUUGUUGUUAAUUUUUUGUUGACCUUUUUCAAUAAGGUAUACAUUAUUAUAUUAUUUUUAUGUAUAUUAUAAUAAUAAUAUAUUAUGUUUUAUAAGCAAUACUGAAAAAUUUGGUCUGCUUGACCGUCUAAAUGCUUUUCACAUUAAUAUUGCAUAAGAAGUAAGAACAAAUAAAAUCGUAUUUAAUAAUUGUCUAGGCUACAAAAAAUCAUUGCUUAAAAUA